GUCUCGCGCUAACUCGGGUUAGCUUAACGCGGCUAGAUGUUGUAUUCGUUAGCUCUCGGUAUAAACGCGGGCGGUCCGGUGUCCUCCGGUAAUGAGCCGCUCUCAGGCCUCUCAGGGCGGAUAAGCCGAACUGUCCGGUGUCCCGGCGAACACGACCGAGAUAAACCGACGCAUUCCGCCCGUAGUUAACGGUAGUUUUUGCCGCCAGAGACUGUUUUCGCCAGAGCUGCGUAGAUUACGGUUCGGUCCGGAGCACCCGCUACGUUAACGGUCACUUUCCCGCCGGUGGUCCGGUACAGCAGCAGCUCUUGACCCGCUUGUUUCUGCGGAUGUUACCGGGAAAAGAAGCACCAUGGAGUUUCGCUGUGGCCUCUCCCGGCGCUCCGACACGGUGAGGUAACGGGAACGGGAACGGGACAGGGUUGCCUCACACACACACACACACACACACACACACACACACACAGCAGCAACCUGUUGCCGGUGGCCGGUGACGCAGAGAGGAUGAGCGGAGCCGCCGCGCUGCUGCUGCCGCUGCUGCUGCUGCUGCUCAGCGGCCGCGCUGCGUUCACCGCUGCCCGGUCCCUGAACGCACCCCCGGACGGAGGGGCUCUGCCCCCGGACGGACAGACGGACGGCACCGACGGUCUGACCGCAACCGUGACAGGUGUGGACAGACGGCGACGCCCCCUGCUGGAGAAAACCCGCCCCUUCGUCGUGGUGGACGGACAGAGGCGGAGCCUGUCUGAAGCUCUACAGGACGGUCACCCCGACAGGCUGCAGUGUGGACUGCAGGUGGGAGGACGCCUCUUCCUGCUGGACCUGGAGAAGAACCAUGACCUGCUGCCCAAACCGCCCAACGUCUUCUACUACCUGCCCAACGGCACCGGAGUGUCCGUGAGGGCCGACCCCGUGACUCACUGUUAUUACCACGGCAGCGUCCGAGGCUUCCCUCAGUCCAGAGUGGCUCUGAGCACCUGCUCCGGACUCCGCGGCGUCAUCGCCAUUAACUCCACCCUGAGCUUUGAGCUGCAGCCCGAGGAGGACGACCACCGCCGCCACCAGGGGGGGGAGGAGGAGGAGGAGGGAGGAGGGGAGAGUGGAGGAGAUGGGAGUGGAGGGAGCGGAGGAGGAGGAGGAAGAGAUGAAGAUGGAGGAGUCCACCUGCUGUUCUCCACCAGCCCUCUGGAGGGCGACGGUGCUGGAGGCUGCGGGGUUUCUCACGCCGCUGUCCCCCCCAUCCACAGCUCCACUCACACGCACAGGAGGAAGAGAGACAUCCUGUCUGAGACCAAAUACAUCGAGCUGGUGCUGGUGGUCGAUAACCAGGAGUUUCUGAAUUACCAGAAGAACAAUAAGACCAUCAUCUACCGCAUGCUGGACGUGGCCAACCAGGUGGACUGGUUCUACCGUCCUCUGAACGUCCGGGUAGCGCUGACCGGUCUGGAGAUCUGGAGCGACCGCGAUAAGAUCCGGGUGGAGAAGAGUCCCACCGACACCCUCAACAACUUCCUGGAGUGGAGGACCAGAGAGCUGCUGCCGCGCCUUCGCCACGACAACGCCCAGCUCGUCAUGGGGGGUUCUUUUGAUGGCACCACAGUGGGGAUGGCGUCUCAGUCGUCCAUGUGCUCCAGAGACCGGUCGGGUGGAGUCAACGUGGACCACCUGGUCAGUGUGUUGGGCGUCGCCUCCACUGUAGCUCAUGAACUCGGUCACAACUUGGGGAUGAGUCACGACACCGCCGAGCGCCGCUGCUCCUGUCAGAACGAACCGCGGCUCGGAGGAUGCAUCAUGGAACCCUCAACCGGGUUCAUGCCCGGUCAGCAGUUCAGCAGCUGCAGCGCUGCAGAUCUGUCCGUCAGCCUGCUGCACGGCGGCGGUAUGUGUCUGUUCAACGUACCGCAGCCGGACCGUCUGCUGGGAGGACCUCGCUGUGGAAACCUGUACGUGGAGAGAGGAGAGGAGUGUGACUGCGGCCUGCGGGAGGAGUGUGAGGACCCCUGCUGUAACGCCUCCACCUGUCAGCUGGUUCCUGGAGCUCAGUGCUCGUCUGACGGCAUCUGCUGCCACGACUGCAAGUUGCGGGCGGCAGGUUUGGUGUGUCGCGAGCCGCUCGGAGAGUGUGACCUCCCAGAGUUCUGCACAGGCUCCUCCCCUCACUGCCCCCCCAACGUCUUCCUGCAGAACGGAGAGCCCUGCGAGGACAGCGCCUCCUACUGCUACGGAGGAGUCUGCGCCAGCAUUGACACACAGUGCCAGAUGCUGUGGGGACCCAAUGCAACCAGCGCUCCAGCCGUCUGUUUCUCGUCAGUCAACAAACAGGGAAACAAAUAUGGAAACUGUGGUCAGCUGACCAACGGCUCCUACGUCCCCUGUGGAAACUCUGACGUCCACUGCGGCAGGAUCCAGUGCCAGGGAGGGAGGGAGCGCCCCCUGCUGGGCACCAACGCAGAGAUCCUCACCACCACGGUGCGCUUCAACCACAGCGACCUGGUCUGCAGAGGAACCUUCUUCCACUUGGGCGACGACGUGUCGGACCCCGCCACUGUGGCCCAGGGCACCGCCUGCGGCCCCGGCAAGGCCUGUUUGAACCAGAAGUGUCAGGACGUGUCGGUGUUCGGUGUGGACGAAUGCCACAGGAAGUGUAACGGUCACGGGGUGUGUAACAGUAAUAAGAACUGUCACUGCGAUGUGGGCUGGGCUCCACCUGACUGCAGGUACUCCGGUCACGGAGGCAGCGUGGACAGCGGGCCGGCCAGAGCUGCUCGAGAGUCUGACCCGGUCCGAGCGGCUCUGCUCGUCAUCUUCCUCUUCAUCCUGCCCGUGGUCCUCCUCUUCCUCGCGCUGCGCUUCCCUCGUUUCCGUCAGAGUCUCUUCUGUCUGGGACCCAACAGCCCGUUUCAUAAAGCUCGACAACACAACCGGACGCCGGUGAUGGAGCGAGUGGACGGCAGGAACGGAGAGCAGGUCCGACCUCUGAGAUACCACCUGAACCCACCGACUGACAUCCCGCUGACCGUGCCCCACAAAGAGGUUCGUGACAGACCUGCUCCUCCCACUAAGCCACUCCCCCCUGACCCCGCCCUAAAACCCCCACCGCAGCGACCGGCCCCCCCCAGCAAGCCUCUGCCCCCCGACCCCCCCAACCAGCUGCUGGUGAGCCGACCAGCUCCACCCAACAAGCCCCUCCCCCCUGACCCCGUCACACCUGGACAGGUCUCUGUCCCAUCCAAACCCGUGGUGCCCGUAAAGCCCCGCCUUUUGGUCCCGCCGUCCCACCCCCACCUCCCCCCUCACCCCGGCUACACCUCCAACACCAAACCGCCACAACACAGAGCCGUCGCACCUGCAGCCGGUCCCAACAGACGACCUCCUGCUCCUCCGAUUCGACCCGCAAACCCUCAGAAAGUCGACUCGUCUCCGCUUUGACCUCCGAACAACAAACUCGGCGUCUGCGGACAGACGUUACCUUCCGGCCUGUAAGCCUCCUAAAGAUGAAGAUGACUUUAUUAUCCAGUUUGCACUCAGUCAUCGGAUUCCUCACUUAAUCCUUCAUGAACUGUAAAUAAAAGGUCAGUGCCUUGCUCAGCAGCGCCUCGGCAGCGAUGAUCUGGACACCCGGGAAUUGAACCCCCGACCUUUGACCGACGGCUGCUGGAGAUGAUGUCACAUUAAAGUGUCUUGGUGUCAGCGACACAGCGCCCCCUGGAGCCAGCGGGGGGGGUUCAGUGCCUUGCUCAAGAACCCUGAGACGGGACUCAAACCUGCGUGUCUCAAAGUAAAGACUAAUUAGCAGAGUGGUUCCCAAACUGUGGUCCAGGCCCCUCUGCAGGGCCCGCAGGACGUUCCGCAGGAAAUUCAAAAUAUCUUUUAAGUUUCAAACGUGAUUUAUUUUAAUUUUUUUUAAGCAAAAUAACUGAAUGUAGAAGUUUUUCUUCGCUCCUGCAGCUCGGACGGACCAAACUUUAACAAAUCUUCAUGAUAUCAUCGCGGAGUCGGACGUAACCUUCAUCUAAUGGACUUAAUAUAUUUUUAAAGGGGAUUGAAUCGUCAUCGGAUUGGACAUUAAAAAGACUUGAGAUCCUGGAUUAAAGGAUUAAAGGACGGCGGCAGAUUUACGAUGUGUUGGCGGAAAAAACUGUUCGGGGGGGAAAUCCUGAGAUUUUGAAAAUGAAGUUGAGAAAUUUUAGAAAAAAGUCAUAAUUUUGUGGAACAUUUUUUAAAAAUAUUUUGAGAAUAAAGUAUUAAUAUGUCAAGAAAAUAGUUGUGAUAUUACGAGUAUGAAGUCAAAGUACUACAAGAGAAAGCUUGCUUCGACAGCUUUAUUCUCAAAAUGUUACAACUUUAAUCUCGAAAUGUUGCGACUUUAUCGUCGAAGUUUCUCGACUUAAUUAUAAACAUUUUUCAACGUAAUUCUCUAAAUGUUUUUCUCAAAUUAUCGCAUUAUUUCCAAAAUAUUACAGUUUUAUUCUCUAAAUAUUAUGACCUUUUACUUGUAACCUCACGACUUUUUAAAAAUAUAAAUAUAUUUGGACUUGAUUUGGACCGUCGUAAAGGAUUUUAUUUUAACUCUUUAGAAUUGUCUCCGGGCUUCUUGACUGCUGCAACGAAGGAGCCGCCUUCGCUGAUGUGGCCAAGAAACUGCCGGAGACCCGAACCCACGUCCUGGAUUUUCGGACGACGAGAUCCUUGCUGGACUUAAGCCUUACCAGGAGAACUGGUUCUGUCCCAGUAACCCCGCCUGUUUCUGCUGGGAGAUGUCGUGAUUCCGUGUGCUGGAUCAGGUUUUUAUUUUUCUAACCCGCCUUGAGAUUUCUAUCGGAGACAGCCGGGAAUGUAAUGAAUGUUCGUAACGUUACGCCAAAGACGAGAUGAUGAAUGUCAUAUAAGAGAUGCUGUAAGAUUAUCUGAUGUGUGGAAAAUGUUUUGCCUUUUUCCCCGGUGCUGGGUGUAGUGGGAUGUUUCUCGUGACUAGUAGAGAUGAUGGAUGAUACCGAAGCUCGUUUCACUCCUGUGGUGUCACAGUUUCACGACUUUGUGUCGGAGUUUGUGUCAAAUAAAGAAAAGCAAGUGACCGAUGACGUCCGGAGCUUCA